CAUCAUCACGAAAGACGUCAUCAUCGAAUGGCUAUAUCGACUUGAAUGAAUUUAUACGUUCGAAAUGGCCAUACAAAAAUUCCAUGCUUGCCGCAAAAAAAAAAUUCCAUAGAACGAGCAAAAAAACAAAAUGAUGGAUCCAAUUGAUAAAAAAACAGCCAGUGGCGAUAAAGAUAACCGAAUAAUUCGUGAAGGUAAAGCUCAAAUACAUUGUCGAAAACAAGUGUUCUACAAUCAAGUUCAAGAAUUUAAUCGUGAUCUUAGUGUAUUAGCCGCUCAUACGUAUUUGAAAAAUGAACUUUGGAAAUCGUCAACAUCUUCGAAAAUUUUUGUCAAAGAUCGUGUUUGUAUUUUGGAUGCACUUUCAGCAAGCGGAUUACGAUCGAUAAGAUAUUCACUUGAAUGUAAACAAUGUCCAUUACCAAUAGAUAUUAUUGCCAAUGAUAUUUCGGAAGAGGCAAUCAAUAUAAUUGAAUCGAAUAUUGAAUUGAAUAAUGCCUAUAAUGUUAUAGUUACCAAUGAAGAUGCUAACAUGUUGAUGUAUAAGAAAAAAGCAUUAAACGAACGAAUCACUAUUAUUGAUCUUGAUCCUUAUGGUUGUCCAACAAAAUUUCUUGAUUCAGCCAUACAGAAUAUUGUCGAUGGUGGUUUAUUGAUGGUCACUUCUACCGAUAUGGCCGUACUAUGUGGUAAUCAUGGUAAUGCAUGUUUCGCUAAAUAUGGUUCAUAUCCAUUACGGGCAAAAUUUUGUCAUGAAAUGGCAUUACGUAUUAUUUGUGCAUCGGUCAAUUCAAAUGCAGCACGUUAUGGUCGACAUGCUAUUCCAUUGCUUUCGUUAAGUGUAGAUUUUUAUUGCCGCAUAUUUUUCCGUGUAUUCACAUCAAAAAAUGAAGCUCAACGUUCGAUGACAAAAAUGGCAUACGUUUAUCUAUGUAAAGGUUGUGAAUCAUUUCAACUUCAACCACUAUGUGAGAUAAAAGAUGGUAAUGAAAAAAAUCUUGUUCCAGCAACGGUUAAAUGUGAUAAAACCUGUGGCAUAUGUGGUCAUUCUUAUCGUAUUGGUGGUCCAAUUUGGUCAGCAUCGAUUCAUGAUAAAGAUUUUGUUCAUAAUCUUCAGAAUGAAUUGGAAGCUUUACGAGAAUCUGAUUCGAAUCAUUUCGGUACCUAUCGUCGUAUGGAAGGAAUGUUACAAUUAGUGGCUGAAGAACUUGAUGAUUGUCCACUUUAUUAUCAUUUAGAUCGUCUUUGUUCGAUUGUUUGCUGUCAAGUAUCUUCAAUGAAAUUAUUUCGUUCAAUAUUGAUUAAUGGUGGUUAUCGAUUUUCAUUGUCACAUGCAUACAAAAAUUCAAUGAAAACCGAUGCACCAAACGAAUUCAUAUGGGCAAUGAUACAACAUUUGGUGAAAAAAUCCAAAGAAUCCACUAGCAACAAUAGUAAACGUCAAUCACAUAUACAGAAUAUUUUGGAUAAAAAUUUUGAUUAUAAAAUCAAUGAUACAUUAAUCAAAGAAGAACCAUUAUCAAAAUCAAAAAAUCUAUUACGAUACCAGUGGAAUCCAGAACAAUAUUGGGGACCAAAAUCCAAACCAACAACCAAAAGAACAAACAAUAAUGAUGAAAUCUGUACAAAUAAAUCAAUGAAAACUGUUUGAAAAAAAGAAUUGAACAACAACAACAACAAAUUCAAAAAUUUUUUAUUAUUCUGAACGGAAGAUCAUUGUGUAUGUCAACAAAC